CAAAACGCGACCCAACCGGAUGUUCAAGUAUCGAAAAGAAAGUGGAACAGACGGAAUCAUAAUGAACACCCGAGGACUCCGCUCUCAGCUCAGAGACAGUGUACCUGUGGCAGGCUUGUGUCCGCAGGGAGCGUAUGGAGUUCAGGAUUCUCUGCGUAGCGGCUUUACCAGUGUAAAAAAUGAGCUUUUACCAAGCCACCCACUGGAGCUGUCGGAGAAAAAUUUCCUGCCAAACCAGGACAAGAUGAAUUUCUCUACACUCAGAAACAUCCAGGGUCUUCAUGCUCCGUUGAAACUGCAGAUGGAGUUCAGGGCAGCUAGACAGAUCCAGCGUCUGCCGUUCUUACAGAGUUCAAACCUCGCUCUGGACACGCUGAGAGGAAAUGACGAGUCCAUCGGCUUUGAGGACAUCCUCAACGAUCCAGCCCAGAGUGAAAUGAUGGGCGAGCCACACAUGAUGGUGGAAUACAAACUGGGACUGUUGUGAAAGAAGAUGGACACAGAAUACACAGCUACACAAUUAGAUUUAGGUUUAUUAUUUGUCUGAAAACUAGGGGAUUGAUGGGUGAGGGGGAGGGGGGGGGUGUGGUGUGUUACCCUGUAAUGACAUAGAUCUGAAGUGUUAAACAGUCAUUCAGUGCUGUUUUUGUUUGAUUCCAAUCCUGUUGUUAUUUCUAAUAAACUUCAUAACCUUCCUCUAGAAGCUGUUCCAU